AUGAGCUAUGCGGAGGAGGUCGUUUCGGCGAUUGUGGGUGGGAAGUCGGGGAUGGUGUGGUGUGGGGAGAAUGCGGAGGCGACGAGGUUUGUGGUGACGAAUCCGAAUGUUCCGGAUGGUGUUAUGGACCAGGGUGUUGUUCAAGGUACUGGGUUGGAUGUUUUGGCUGGGAAGUUGGAAUGA